UCAGUUCAGUUGAAUUGCCGUGGGGGAGAGAGGUGGCCAGCAGUAGCGGUUGGUUAGGAAAUAAGAGUUGGGUUCCUCUCUGACUCGAGUAACGUUUUUAGAUCCUUUUCGAUCCUGCAGUCAAUUUCGUUUGGUAAAGCUUAUUUUCAUGCGAACCAAAACAGGAGAAUAUUAAAUCACCCCCGUUUAGCUGUUAGCUAGAUAACUUUAACGAACCUAUGAAUAAUUCAGCGCCGAGAGAAUGUUUGUUCGUGCAGUACAGACAAGCAAAGCAGGUCCUACGGCUGCUUAUAGAUAGCUCCUUCCCGACAUGCAGAUACACGCAGAAUGACAGAUUUGCUUUGGGGCGUCAACGGCAGUCAAACAAAAUGAACGGCGUUUCUGGAUACACAUUUAUGUUUUGGGUGUCGGUGAUCACUCUCCACACCACGGGCACCCAAGGACUUGUAUCUGAGAACAACAGCACUGGAAAUGGGACCUCCGAAGACGGUGGUGCCCCCGUGGUGCUCACAAAGAUUAGUCAGAUUAUUGCCCGUGAGGGUAAAAGCGCCUUGAUUGACUGCAAUGCCACUGGAGACCCCCUUCCAAAUAUACAGUGGUUCAACUCCCGUGGAAACCUGUUAGACGCAGAAACAAGCGGUGGGAAAUGGUGGAUAUUAGACAGCGGCGAACUCAACAUCACCAGCAUCACGUUCGCCGACCGGGGCAAGUACACCUGCAUGGCCUCCAACGUGUACGGCAGCAGCAACCACACGGUGACGCUGCGCGUGGUGUUCACCAGCGACGACAUGGGCAUCUACUACAUGAUCGUGUGCCUGGUGACGUUCACCAUCAUCAUGGUGAUGAACGUCACCCGCCUGUGCAUGAUGAGCAGCCACCUGAAGAAGACGGAGAAGGCCAUCAACGAGUUCUUCCGCACCGAGGGCGCCGAGAAGCUCCAGAAGGCCUUCGAGAUCGCCAAGCGGAUCCCCAUCAUCACCUCGGCCAAGACGCUGGAGCUGGCCAAGGUCACGCAGUUCAAGACCAUGGAGUUCGCCCGCUACAUCGAGGAGCUGGCCCGGAGCAUACCGCUGCCGCCGCUGAUCAUGAACUGCCGCACCUUCAUGGAGGAGAUCCUGGAGGUGGUGGGGGUGGAGGAGAUGAGGCACACCUUCGUGCGCCAGGCCCCGGAGAGCCAAGAGGGCGCCUGCGGCGGGGACGCGGACGUGUACACCAUCCUCCGCGAGCGGGAGCGCAGCAACUCGCCCGCCGCCGACUCGGACGACGCCUCGCUGGAGGAGCACCCCCAGCACAUCGCCAUCCAGGUGUCCGUGCACCCCCCGCUGGCGGCCGGGGGGUACUGCGGCAUCGAGUCCGCCAUGCCCGAGGCUUCGGUGAAGGCGCCGUCCGCCUGCCCCUCUCCCCCUGCUCAUCCUCCCGCGAAGGAGCCGCUGAAGCUGGAGGCAGAGCCACAGGCCACACCCCUGGAACAGGAACAGGAAGAGGAAGUGGAUCCUGCAGAAGACAAGGUCAAGCCAACCCAGGUCAUCUACGAAAGCCAUGUGUAAUAUUUCUUUUUUUUUCCUUCUGAGAAUCAAUUUCCUAUGCAUUUCCAAAAAAAAAAAAGAUCAAGGACUUGUUAGUAACAUUUACAAGCUGAAUUUUUGUAUAAGAAGAUGGUUAGACCAAUUAAACAUUUGUGUGGGGUGGAGUUGACCCACUUGUUACAGGUUUCCACGAAAUUCUGCUUGAAGAGCAUUGCAUUCCUUCUGAUUUAAUGCAAAUCAGUGGUUUGGGUUUUUUCAUGUUGAAUGUAUGUGGCUAACCCUAAAUGAUGUCAAAAAACUAUGUGAACUUCAUUAAAUGGCCUUGAUCCACCCAAGAAAAAGGAAUGUCCAAUGUUCCAUGAGGCCAGUUAUGAACAAAAUAUGUACCUAAACAUGAAUGUCCAUAAAGCGCAAUCUCCCAUUCUCAUAAUUAGUCCUAUUAUUAUUAUUAUUAUUAUUAUUAUUAUUAUUAUUAAUAAUAAAAUUUCAUUUAUCAUCCUCAACCUAUUUUGUUGAACGAACGACUAGAUUUUGUUUCAUGGAGUUCUUGCCUUCAAAGAUCAAUGUACUGUAUCAGAAGCGAGAAUGUGUGUGUAUUUAUUUUGUAUAAUCGUUUUACUUUUCAUUCCCACCACACCCCACACCCCCCCCCCCCCCCCAAAAAAAAAAAAACUUUUAAAAAAGCUGUAGUGUUGCAUGUGAGGCUGUCCUGAGUGCUCAGCUGACUUUCCUUUGGAAUUUAGAACCUCCUCUUUACUGUACUGUCUGAUGGGGAUGUUAUCCUUCAGUGCUGCGCUGAAACUUGAAAUGGCUCUUUUGUAGUGAAAUAAAACUCUUGUCUGCUGUU